AUGAAAGUUAUCUCUUUAGUUUUAGUAAUUUUCAUCAAUAUAAUAUCAAUUGGAGCAACUGAUAUUAUGUGUUUUGUUGAUUAUACAACUGGAGGACCAUGUACUCCAACUUCAACAUUCCAAGCAACUUGCUCAAAAAUUUCAGAUUGUAAUACUUGGGCCUAUAAUACUGUAAAUACCUAUCUGAGUGUUGAGAAUACCUAUAUUUAUAUUCAAAAUACUGGCUCAUCAGGAUAUAAUAGAGAUUGUCCUGAAUUGACAUAUCUACCAGCGUCAAAUUCUAUUACAUUCCAAGUUUUGGAUGGAUAUACCGUUAUUGAUUGUCAAGGAAACAGAUUCUUAUCUCUAACAAUGACCAAUUAUACAUAUAUCACAUUUUCAAAUAUUGGAUUCACCAAUUCAAAUGCUACAGGAAAUCAAUAUGGUUUGUUUGAUAUUACCUAUCCAACUUCCGAAGCCAGUCCAACUAUUAGUUUUAUUAAUGCCAAUGUCAGUAAUAUUAAGAGUGUAAACAGUGGUGGAUUCCUAAGAGUCUCCGAUUUGAAUGUCAAUAUAGUUGGCUCAAACUUUACAAAUUGCUACAGUGCUAUGGAAGGUGGAGUUAUCAAGUCAGACGAACUAAGUUUCAACAACAGUGUUUACAUCCAGGACUCAACAUUCACAUCUAACGGUGCCUAUCAAUUUGGUGGUGCAAUUUCAGCUCCAAAUGUUUAUGUACUCAACUCACAAUUCACUAAAAACUCUGUUAUCAGCUUUGGUGGUGCAGUCUACUCUACCAAUUCAUUCGUAUCUUCAUAUUCCACAUACAUUUCGAAUCAUGCUGCUAAUGGAGGUAGUGUUUACGCACAGAUUUCCUUAAUUGACAACUCAGUGUUUAAUUACUCAUCUGUUUCAUAUGACGGUGGUGCCUUGUAUUCUUUUAAUUCGACUAUUAACAACAGCACAUUCUUUGGAAACUACGCAAAGAAUAGCGGUGGAUCUAUUGUGUCUUUCUACAGCAUCGGUAUGGAGAGCACCAGUGUUUUGAAUUCAAGUGCUGGAGUGUCAGGAGGUGGAUUACUCGCUAAUGGUGUAGUCAAUAUUAUCCAUUGUGAUUUCGAUUACAACAUCGGUGGUUAUGGUGGUGCCAUCUAUUUAAACAACGGAAAUACACUUUCCACCAUCCUCAACGCCAGAUUCAGAGGAAAUACUGGUGACUCUGGUGGUGCAAUUGUAAGUGGUCAUACUGAAUACAAUAUUUUCAUAAUGAUAAAUAUUAAUAACAAUACAAAUUAUGCAGUUGGAUAUUAUUAUUAUUUUAUGUUAACUGAAUUCAAUAAUAACGUUGCUCAUUUCAGUGCUGGUGCAAUCUUCUUUUAUCUUACACCAUAUGAAUUCUAUGGUGGAUACUAUAUCAACUCAACAAGUAAUAGUAACCCUACUGUCGAUCAAACAUUCAAUAGUGAAGCUUUACCUUCUAGUUCACUCCCACAUGUUUUUGUCGAAAAGAUUCUCCUUACAAAUGGAAUCGAAUAUUAUACACCAUUAGUACAAGAUAGAAGUAGUCAAUAUGUGAAAGCAUAUGGAACUACAGGUAACUGUGUAAAUGGUAUUGCUGAGAUUAAUGUAGAAGGUGAUGUUAUAAAUUGUAAAUGUUUCAAAGGAUACAAAGGUCCUGCAUGUGGUCAGCAUUCUCUCUUCAAACUAUCAUUAGAUAACUAA